ACAGCCGAGGCUGCUUCAGGUGUGGUGGUGCCAGCAUCGGUCCCGCCAUCCGUCGGCGGCGCCUGCCGUGAUUUCCGGUCUCCGCCCGCUACAGAAGGAGCCGCCUUGUUCCCGUGUCGCUUCGUACGCGUUUACGUGGCUCGUACGUAUGCAGGGGCUGGCCCAAAGAAGCACGCUCGCCGGCCUCCUCCAGCUCUGCGGGAAGGCCCUGCUCUUGGUGAGAAGAUGUCCUACGGAUCCGUCGCUGGCAGUGGUGGCCCGGGGAGCCCUUUCGGGGGACCCUCCAGACAAGGCUAUCAACCCCUAGGGUGCGCUAAAUGUUGGACCGAGUACGGGAUCCGCCAUCUCCCCUGCCCGUCGCCAGAGAGCAGCCCGCAGGACCCCUGUGUGGGCAAGGAUGGGGAAGGUUAUCUGGGGUCGGCGGGCACGCCCAGAGGCCCAAGGGCCAGGAAGCGAGGGCCAGGGGUCACCCCUGACGGCAGUGGGACGCCGGAGCUGCCCUCACCACCCACGGCUGGCCCGAGGAAGGACUCCGCCGGCAGCAUCCACAGCUGGCUGGCGGGGCCCAGUGCCGCGCGGGCUAAGAAGAGGAAGCCCAACUUCUGCCCGCAGGAGACGGAGGUCCUGGUGUCCAAGGUCAGCAAACACCACCAGCUGCUGUUCGGCUCGGGGCUGCUGAAGGCCGGGCCGGCCCGCCGGUACCGCGUGUGGAGCCGCAUCCUGCAGGCCGUGAACGCGCUGGGCUACUGCCGCCGCGACCUCGUGGACCUCAAGCACAAGUGGCGGGACCUGCGCGCUGUUGUGCGGCGCAAGCUGGCUGACCUCCGGCGUGUGGCCGUCGGCCCUGGGGGGCCCCAGGCCCUGGCCCUCACACCCGUGGAGCAGGCGGUGGCCAAGACCUUCUCCUGCCAGGCCCUGUGCCCUGAGGGCUUCUGCCCGGAGCCGCCCCGAGCUGCCCAGGUGGACCCAGGUGACCUCCAGGAGCUGUUCCAGCAGACGUCGGCCAGCGUCUUCCGAAUCAACUCCCACGUGACCUCCUUGGAGCAGAGUCUCCGUUCCCUGGGGACGCCGAAUGACACGCAGGAGCUGAGGGAGAGCCUGCACGUGACGCAGCAGGAGGCGAACAAGAGCAUCGCGGCCGGCGCCGGCACCGUGAGGCAGAUGAUGGAGCUCCUGCGGGGCUGCUCCCGGCAGGAGUGCCUCCAGCUGGACCGUCUGAAGACUCAGCUGUCCGACGCCGUGCAGCGCUACGGCGGGGUGCAGAAGAAAAUCGCUGAGAAGUCCCGAGCCCUGCUUCCCACGGCGCAGCGGGUCAGCGAGCAGCAGAGUCCCCGGGCCCCUUUUGCUGAACUGCCUGAUGAUGAAAAGAUCUUUAACGGGACUGAUGGCAUGUGGCAGGGCCAGGAGCAGGCGCUACUUCCGGAGAUCCCGGAGGAGGACCUGGAGGCCAUCCGGCUGCGCGAGGAAGCCGUCCCGCGGAUCGAGAGUGACUUGUUGGAUGUCAAUCAGAUCAUCAAGGACUUGGCUUCCAUGGUGGCAGAGCAAGGAGAUGCCAUCGGGUCCGGCAGCAGCAAGGCCACAUGCCAGCAGAGCUCCAGCCCUGAGCCCGCCGUGGCGGCCCCGCUGCCCGGGCUGGGCUGUGUGUCCCUGCGGCAGGGCCUCCACUCCCGUACCAAGACACGCAAGCCCAACUUCAGCCCCCAGGAGACGGAGGUGCUGGUACGGAGGGUGACGCGCCACUACCCGCUGCUGUUUGGGGCGCUGCGGGGCCCGCCCUCCCGGAAGCACCGAACGUGGAACAAGAUCCUGCAGGCGGUGAACGCGCUGGGCCACUGCCGGCGCGACCUGGGCGACCUGAAGCACAAGUGGCGGGACCUGCGUGGGGCGGUACGCAAGAAGCUGGCUGAGCGCCCGCCGGCCCCCGGCCUCCUGCUCACCCCUGUCGAGCGCAUGGUGGCCGAAACCUUCUCAGCCCCAGCCCCCCCAGGCGAGGGCCAGGCCGCCGAGCCCCUGCCAACGGACGAGAACGAUGACGCCCCCAGCAGCCUGUGGCUACCCCUGCGGACCCUGGAGGGGCCGAGCCUGCCGGAACCCGAGCCCUCGGACCGACGAGGGACGAUCCCCGCGCCUACGUCCUCGCCCUCCCCGCCGGCCUCUCUGGCCUCCCCAGCUUCCGUGCCCCCUGCGGCUGCGUUCCCAGGGGCCCUCGGGCCCUUCCCAACCCCCACCGCACCACCCCCACCCCCCUGGAGGCCCGCGGGGGAGGCCUCCGAGUUUGAGCAGCGGCUGCUGGACUCGCAGCGGCGACAGGGGGCCCUGCUGUCCCACUGGUCCCAGCAGCAGAGCGUGCUGAUGGCCCAGCAGAACCGGCUGCUGCAGAGGCUGGCGGAGCAGAACCAGCGGCUGGCUGACGGCAUGGAGGCCCUCAACCGCACCCUCGAGAAGCUGGUGGAGGCCUGCCCCGUGCCGGGAGCCUCGCCCCCCGUCGGGGACGGCACCCCUGUUGGCAGAGCGGCCUGCGGGCCCAGCGGAGGCUCCCGGGGCAGCCCCCAGCGCCCCCACCCGGGCCUGGAGGUCUUCUCAGGGAUGAUCCUGAAGGUGGAGGAGGAGGUCUGACCCCCCCCCGAGGGCCACAGCAGGGACUCCAGCCCUUCUGGGAGGUGGGCUUGGGGGCAGCUGGGCUUAGCUGGGCCUCCAUGGAGCCAGUGAGGAUGAAGGACACCUUCAUGGGCGUUGUCUGUGGGGCUCAAUGAUGUGCAGGGAAAGGCUCUGGGGCCGGCCCGUGGGUCCUGGGCAGACAUCUACUCAGGGACCUUAUGGCUGGAGGAGGCAGAGGGGCGGGGCCGAGCCCAGCCCCCCUCCCGUCCCGCUCUCUCACCGGCUGGGCUGCGUGCCUUGGAGGACAGCCGCAGGGGUACAGCAUCCCCCACCUGGAUAGCCCCCCUGCAAGCCGCCUCCUCCUCCUGCUUGUACGGGCUCUGUGGGCCGCGCUCCGAUGCUUUCCACGAUCCUGCCAAGGGAACCACGUCUUGCGGGCCUGCUGUCAUUUCUCCCGGUUUUAGAUCAGUGGUGUGAUAGACACACGGACAUGUAUGUGGGACUUGGUACUGUAUUGGGUGGGAUGCUGUUUUGUACCUCCUGAUUUUCUCACAAAGAAGUUAUUUUUCUUACAUAAGCAUAAAGUAACCAAAAAAAAAAAAAAA